AUGGAUUCUUCAACAGUAGCAAAUACUACCAAUAAUCUUCACCGAUCAUUAUCACUGUUAGAAGACGAUGCAUUUUAUACGAUAUUUCGUCAGCAGUAUAAUGCUUCUUGGGGGACGCUGAUAUUUGAAAAUUCACCAAAUGAUUAUACGACAGAAUCGACAUAUUUUCUGUUAGUUGAUGAUCUAGUGGAUUUGAGUUCUCUACUCCGGUUUAUGAUUACUAAAUGGAAUUUAGAUUUUCCUAAUAUUGUGAUAUCUGUACUAAGUAGUAGUGUAUCAAAUAAUAAAUCAUGGAGAAAUCAAAAGCAAACCGAAUCACUUAAACAAGGAAUAAAAAAUGCUGCUAAUGCGAGUGAAGUGUGGUUCAUCACAAACGGAUUAGACGUUGGAGCACCUCAAUUGAUCGGUACAGCAUUUCGUGAAGAAAAAUCUUUGAGACGAGCUGAUGAUGCGUGGGCAGUUCAAAUGGGUCGCACACCAAAAGCACGCAAAUUUCUAAUGCUCAUUGGAAUAGUAUGUGCGAAUGAUAUUAAAGAUUUGAUCGAUUUAAAAAUUAAAAAUCAACCAGACAUUGAAUUAAAAGUACCUGUCAAAAAGCGUGAUCAAUUAUCGUUGAACAAUGAUCAUACACAUUUUAUUAUUAUACGCAACAAAUCCAAAAAUAUUGAUGAAAAACGAUUAGAAAAAUUCGAUGAUUCAGUUGAGAGCAGCACAAAUAAGUUUCGUGAUCGUUUCGAAAAUUAUUUACGUAAAAGCUCGACAACUGACAAUCAAUCCCGCAAAAGUGUACGGCCAGAAGGUGAUAAAAAUGACACAGACUACGAAAAUUUUUAUUUGAAAGUAGAAAUAGCUCGACGGUUAAUAGAAGAGUAUCCUGCAUUAAAAGAUAACAACAUGAAACGAAACGAUGUUCGAGAUUAUAUCAUCGAAAUCGUUAGAAAAGCUGAUCAGGGUAGACGAAAAUUUUUAACAUUUAUUGAUAUCAACAAAAGCACAUCGUUGAACGAUUUUGAUAAAUACGUUCUCUCAUCAUUCAUACAAUCUCAAAAAUCUGUUACUGGACAUCGUUUAAUUACACAAUUAAAGCAUAAUUUACAGUUGACAUUAGACUGGAAUUUAUACGAUUUAGCUUUGUCAGAGAUAUUUCAAGGUGAAGAUAAUUCAAAAUAUAAUAUAUCUUAUGAAUUAUUUGAUAAAGCUUUAUUAGGCAAAAAUUUAGAACAAUUUAUUGAUUUAUUCUUGAAUAGAGGUUUUUCUUUACAUACUUAUUUAAAAUCAGAUAAACUGGUUGAUCUAUUUCAACAGUCAAAUAAUCGUGAAUUUUUAACAACAACAUCACUAGAAGGUAUUUUAGGAUUAACAGGGGAUGAAGAAGACAUGCCAGAAAAUUUUGUGGAAUGUGGUUUAAAUACAAUCGUUAAAAGUUUAACAGGAAUUAGCUAUUUUUUUAAUAAAUAUGAAAUGAAUUGUAAUGCGAUGGGCAUUUAUUUUGGCAAUACAUCUGAUAGUAGUGUGUUUAAACAACGUAUUCGAGCUGAGAAAAAGGCAUUAAGACACUUGAUUAUAUUUGCGGUUUUGAUGAAUCGUCACCAGUUAGCUAAAGUAUUAUGGAAACGUUCAUCAGAGCCUAUACCACUGGCAUUAAUGUGUAAUAUGAUGUUCAGAAAACUUGCAACUUAUUGCCAUGAAUCAUAUCAACGUUUAUUAAUUGAAAAACAAGCAAAGGAAUUCUCGGAUUAUGCUGUCGGUGUGCUAGAUAAAAGUUUUAAUGAAGAUGGUAGAAGAACGUUCGACAUGCUCGAUGAAAAACAUGCAGAGUUCAUGGCUCAUGCAGCUUGUCAAAAAUGGUUAACACGACAAUUUUAUGGUGAAAUAACUCCGAGAGAAAUGCCAUGGGGUCUAUUUAAAACACCAAUUUAUUUUAAAAUUAUAACCAGUGCUUGUCUUAUAUUUCCCAUGUGGUUCUGGAUUAAUUUUUCGCCAAUUGGUCAAGCAGAACCAGCACCCGAAAAAGAGAGCGAUUUACAAGAUAAAUUGCAAAAACGCACGCUCAUUAUAGAUGAACAAAUAGAAGUAUUUAAUAGCUUAAUCCAGUUGAUUAUGUGUUCAAAGCAUAACAACGCAUUCAAACGUUUGGGCAAUAUAUUGCGAGGUUUUCGUCAAGUGAAGAGCGCAAAUCCAAAGGACUCGAGUGAGAAAUCUGUAACAAUUACUGAAAAAAUUGUCAAAUUAUGGUCAGCACCAAUCACAAAAUUUUAUACUAACUUCAUUUCAUAUUUGACAUUUCUCUCGUUAUUUACGGUGGCUGUUCUAUGGCCAUCAUGUGGAAAUUUGCUACUCGAUUGCUUUGUUUGGUUUUGGGCAGCAUCGCUUGCAUUCGAAAAUGGUCGUGUUGCGUAUGAGAAAUAUUGUUCUCAAAGUAGUUUACCAUUACAACAAACUGUAUUGGAAGUUAUUGUUCAGACAACAUUUUUAGCUCUGUAUUUGGGAUUAAGAAUAAUUGGUUUAUGGACUGUUGGAACUUGUCAGAUAUUAACAGCAAAAGCCGUACUGGGUAUUGGUUUAAUUUAUUACUAUUAUCGCAUAUUGUUCAUAUUUCUACCUAUUAGUCCUAAACUUGGUCCCAUGAUGAUUCGUUUACGUUCUAUGAUAAUGGAUGAUUUUGUGACAUUUUUACAAUUAUUCCUUAUAUUUAUGGUAUCAAGUGGUGCGGCUAUUACAGCCGUAUUAUAUCCACAUUUUCCGAUGAGCUUAGAAUUAUUUGUUAAAGCAUUUGUAUUUCGCGGUCUAAUGGCACUAUUUACAAGCGAUAUGGAUGAUUUGAAAAAUUCACGUCAACAUUGUAGUAUUAAUGCCACAUCUGAUUCUGAAUCAGAAUAUGCCUGUCUUAGAUUAUCAAAUGGCUUCAGUUCAAAGUACGACAACUUAAAUAGCUAUCAGCGUUACGGUAUAUCAUCACCGAAAUGUAAUCAAACAUCUUGGAUAGCAUGGGUGUUGCUUAUUCAAUAUUUAUUUAUGGCAACACAAUUUCUUACCUCAUUAUUGACAGCCAUGUUUGGUUUAACGGGUGCCCGUGUUCAAAGUCAAUCGGAACAAAUUUGGAUGUAUAAUCGUUAUGAGAUAGUCAUGGAGUAUGAAAAACGCCCUCGUUUACCACCACCAUUUAUUGUUUUAUCAUACGUAUUCAUGAUUAUCAGUGCUUUUAAAAAGAAAUGUGUACAGAAAUUGAAAGAAUAUGCCGCUAGAUCAAUGACAAAUCAAAUGAGAACGCAAAGUUCUAAUAAUAAUAGUAAAAUGAAAUAUGUGCGAAAUAAAAAGAAUCGAUUAACACAACCGUUAACUGAGGAAGAUAAUUUAAAUUUAGAACAACCUAAUAAUUCAUGUUUAGGACGACUUUUAACUUGUAAACUAUUCAAACAAUUAACGGAAAGUGCAGAAGCAGGAACGCAGCUUCCAAAAACAUCGAGCGAAGAUUCAGAAGCUAAUUUAUAUUGGAAACAUCGAGCAGAGGAGUUUUAUGCUAAAGCACAAGUAAAAGAUGAAAUGUCGGAGAAACUUAUUAAUUUAUCAAAUACUCUAACUAGUGCUCAAAAUGAUAUUGUUGAUCAACAAAAAUCAUUGAGACAAAUUAAUGAUCACAUUAUUUCAUUAGAGACUUUAAUGAUUAAUCAUCAUAUUUUAAUAGAAAAAAUUUAUACAAAAUUACAACAAGGAGGUAUUCUAGAUAAACGCUCUAUCAACUAG